AUGGACCCAGACAACUUUUUGAAGCGCUGCUCAGGCUACUCCAAAAAGACAAACAUGCGCUGCAGUGCCAGCAUCGGGAGAAGGGCACAGAAAGAACUCCAUCCCACCUUCCUUCCUACAUGCGCCGCUCACCGUGAUCAGCAAAGCCUUGCGGGCUGGUGUCGCUUCAAGCAUGCCCAUGGCGACACAUGUGGCAGGCUUUUUCCCUGGAAACCCCCCUACUUUGAGCUUUGCGACAAACACAAAGGUCACCCAGGUACCCCUUGUUACUUUCUAAAACAGCUGCCACUCGAACUUCGCCAUGAAAUAUACCGAUACUUGUUGCCCACGGAGCCCAUAGGCUCCUCGACAGCCGCCGUACAUGACCACUCCCCCGAGCCCAUGUAUCCGCGACAUGGUCGCUCAUGUCUUCCCACCUACCCCCCUUAUCCGAACCCCAUGCGAGCCGCACGACUACCAAGAUCCAAGUUUCCCAUGCGCCUCUUGGACUUGCUCCUCGUCUCUCGCCAGCUCCAUGACGAAGUCAAACAUCUCCUCUUCAGCCUCAUCACGUUCAAAAUUGACGUCCGCAAAGAUGGUACCUUUAUGUGUGGACGCCGACUGCUGGAGCCCCGGCGGGCAGAUGGGUCGUCGCACCACUUGGCUGAUGAAGCCGACCAGGCAAAGAAGAAGUUCCUCAAAUCUUUUGACUGGGCUGCGGUCAAGAACUACACUGUCGACAUAUUGCUUGAGAACUGGACCAGCCCAACUCCCAACCACAUGGGCAGCACUGUCAGCAUGGUCAUGAACUCCCGCUGGGAUGAGGAAGUCGAGAUUUACGACAUCAGAGAUUACAUCUCCGUCGUCGUCUCGGGCAUUUUGGCAAAAGCGAAAAAGCUCUACAAGCUCCAAGUUCGACUCUGCCUCGCAGACUUUGUCUGGGAAGAGGAGCAAAUUCUGUCCAACGCAAAGCUGCUCCUCAGCCCCUUUGAACGACUGCGUAAUGUGCGCCAACCAAGCCUCGGCGGUGUGUUCAAUGGAAAGCCAAACAACAAUUCCAUGUAUCGUGUUGAGACCGUCACUGCACGGUCUCCCAUUUCAAUUGGUCAUGGAUGCAUACAGUCAUCGCUCCCGAGCUACUACGAGCUUUGUUCUGUGCCCUCCUUACCUACCGACAACCCAGUGCUGUUUCCUGGCAUGCCAGCAUUUGACGCCUAUUCUGACGAUUGGCGACGUCAGAUUUCCUCAGAAGGCUCUGCAAAUGUCACGCCAGAGCCACUGAUCCGCAAAAUGUUUACCGAAUUCCGCAACUUCUACACGGAGCUCGCUGGCCACGUGCCAGACGUUACCUUUAAAACCGGGAGACACACAUUUCUGCACCGAGCUAGGGUCGCACGCGAACAGGAAGACGUCAUUGCAUUUCGAGCCAUUAGAGCGGAGCUGCUGCGGUACUGGCAUACGUACUUGGAGAAUGAAAAACGAAAGAAACGCACAAUGCAAACACGCAUUGUCCGGUUCCUCGAAAGCGACACGUACCCCUCGCACAUAUGGGAAGAGCAAGAUGCAACUCAGCAAGACGAGCCACUGCCCGGUUCCAGCUCCCAAUCUCCCGUUGUUCUCGACUCUGAAACCAUAGCCAGGGAAGGCAUCCCCAUGACAGGCAACUCUGUA